GAGCAAGUCCUCAGUGAGGCGCUAGGCUGAGUCGUCAGCGGUCAGCUAGCGAUCUUGCAUCACAGUCGUUCGCCUCAGACGCCGUCGAUGUAGUGCAGGGCUUUGGUAGAGUUGCUUCAAUCGAGGUGGUAUCAACUUUGAUAAAAAAGAAGAUUCUCACAAUUGCAGAAGACUAUGAUGAGCUUGAUAACGGUGAUUACGACAAGCUAUCGUGGAAGCUACAUACACGUCGCGUCAAGAGCUCUCUUAGCCAUCCACCUUUGCAGUACUUUUUGUCUGGACAGAAGCAACGCCGACGGCUUCUGUGUCAUUGAGGUCAACUGCCAGGAAGUAGAAGCGCAACCGGCUACCUGUGAUAUCGCCUCUCCCAUCAAUGAAGGACAUUGUGCAAGACCUAGUGUGUACUAUGCGCUAGAUUCUGCAGGAGUGGAACAGACGCAGCGAAGACAGCAUUGCCAAGUCAGUAACGGCGAAAGCAUUGGUCGUCUGCCAGCCAAGAUUCACUCACUUGACUUUUCGAGAUCAUGCGCGUGUGCGAAGAGACGACGCAAACGCUUGCAGAGCCUGCUGAGGACGGAAGUCAGUCACCGCCGAGGAUCUGAGAGGAGCAAUCAGCGAUGGACAAUCCAGGACAUAAGACCAUUGUGCAGCUUUAUCUGUGACAUGCCGGCGCCAGCGCCGAUUAAGUAAUAGGGUGUCGCGGCCAUCUCAUCUGCCACUCUGGCACUCAGUCUCACUUCUGCCCUCCUUUUAGACUAACCACAACCACUACUACCUCCUAGAACCACCCUGUAUUAGCCUCACCAUCCUUUCUCACUCCAAUAUCACGUGAUUUUUCAUUCUCUUCCUUAGUCCGAUCAC